AGGUUAGUAACAACCCUAGGCUGCCUGUGAGGUGACAUACAUACAAAUCAUGGUGUUGAAAUGUUUUUAUUAAUGAAACACCAAGUGCUUUAAAGGGAACAGGCUUAAUUUUAUAUAACAUUCAAUUGAAUUCUGAAGUUUAGGUACGAAGAUAUUUCUCUAAACUCUGGUAUUGCUGUUAUCUAGUAAGCAGCUAACGAUAAAACGAAGCAGGAUCGGAUUUCUACAUUAAAGGAAAAUAACCGUGUGUAUUCGUUUAAACAGGGUGCUUACGUAGAUACAAAUGCGUCGCGUCUACGUCAGAGGUCGAAGUUGAGAGUGGACGUGGGAGGUUCGCGGGAAACGUCUCAAAACAAAAACCCCACGCCGCGUGACAGCUAACUCUGUUAGCCAAGCGGUCAACUUCACCCACUAAAUAGCAACGACUAAAACAACCGAUUCACGUCCCUUUUCACCGUCAACUGCGCGAGCUUACUUCCAACAGUUAAGCCGUUCAUGUUAGCGCUUAUAAGCGCUGCGGCUCGUCUCACUUCUCGUCCCCGAGGUUGGUGCCUGAGAGAGCGGAUCCUCGGCGGCUCAAGUAUUGGAGGAAAUGGCAGAAAGGCCAGAGGACCUGAAUCUUCCCAACGCGGUCAUCACUCGUAUCAUUAAAGAAGCGCUCCCGGAUGGGGUGAACGUAUCAAAAGAAGCCAGGAGAGCCAUUUCCCAAGCUGCCAGUGUGUUUGUCCUGUACGCGACAUCAUGUGCCAACAACUUUGCCAUGAAAGCAAAGAGAAAAACGCUGAACGCCGGUGACGUCAUGGCAGCGAUGGAGGAAAUGGAAUUUGAACGAUUCCUGGAGCCACUCAGAGAAGCACUAGAAGUUUAUAAGAAAGGCCAAAAGGGUAAAAAGGAAGUAUCCGAACAGAAACGUAAAGACAAAGAGAAGAAGACAGAUUCGGAGAACGAUAAGACAAGAGACGAAGAAGAUGAGGAAGAGCGCAUGGAUGAAGAGGUUGAAGCAGAGAAUGAGGGGGAGGAAGAGGAGGUGGAGAACUGAGAACACCCAGUCUUGAGUGCUUUGUGGUGCCCACACUGUCUGGACAUCAUGUAGACAUUGCAUCUGGAAUGCAGCAAACUAUUCAAAUGAAGUGUGGCUUUGCUUUUUACCACCUCAAAACCUGAGACACAAUUUUGUACUAGGAGUUUUUUUUUAUUGUGUCACUGUGUUUUGUAGAUCAAGGUGACUAUUCCUUUUUGGUGUGGUAGUGUGGUCAGUAACUCAGACCUGCUAAAUAUUUAAUAAAUAUGCUGAUGGGUUCCUUUAAAGCAAAACGUGUUUUUGAUAUAGUUUCCUUUGUGCAAAGACAGUGUUCAAAGCCCACUAUGGACUUUAAAAACAGCUCCCAAUGUGUUUUUCAUGUAUUGCACUUCCAACUGACCCUCUAAAUUAUCAAAGAUGUAAACGCAAUUGUAACUGCUUCCAGAGAUUUUUACCUGUCAUAGCCGUUCAGAUUUGUGUCAAAGGUUUGUACCUCUCACAAAGGGAGAUUUUGUUUUGGAGAAAAAUGGUAUUCAAAUGGCCAUUGACUUCAAUCAUAAAUGAAAUGUCCACACCACUGCCGAGGUGUUGGCUGUUUGUAUCGGAGAAAUAAGGGGCCUUUUAACAUUAAUGUCCUGGACAUGGUGCGUAAAGUGAUACAUCCAUAUAAUCCCAGCCGUAUUUUGCAUAACUGGUUGUUUAAACAUUGGAUUCUUCUUGGAGGUAGGGGUCACUUCACAGGACUUCCAAAAAUAACUUACUGGGUAAAUGCAUUGGGAGGUGUUUGUUUAUACUUUUGUAGUUUUAUAUGGCACAUUUGUCAAUAAAUAUUUUUGAUU